CCGGGGACCCGGGGCGUGGCCCCACAGUGAACCUCGCACAGCCACUUCUGCCCGGAUACCGAUGACGAACGGCGGCUGCCUGCCUGCUGAUUGGAGGCGGGGGCCCAGGCGGGGAGGACAGGGUGGCCGUGGGUCCGCUGGUCGAUCGCACCUGCUCCCCGGUGACCGUCCCCGGGCGGCGCAGGAGCCAUGCGCUGGCGGGGGCUGCUCCUGGCGCUCUGCGGGGCGGUGCUGGCUCCGGCCGCGGCUGGCGGGCACCACAGCCUGGAUAUACUAGUCACAGGAGUCAUUGAUGAAGAGGGGACCCAUCAGUACUUCAUGAUCGCCAAGCUGGAUGAUGUUAAGAUUGCAUACUACAACAGCGACACGCAAGAGAUCAGAACCACCCAGGAGUGGGUGGCUCAGGCCAUGGGCUCUGACUAUCUCCAGGAAAAGACCCAGAAUUUCUGGAGGUACGAGGAGGGCUCUAAAAGUGAUACCAGACGGUGGAUGCAGCUGCACAACCAGACGGGCGGGUUUCACACCGAGCAGAUUCACGUGGGCUGCGCUCUGAGCGGCCAGGCCCCCGUGGACCCGAGGUUCCAAUACGCCUACGAUGGGAGGGACUUCAUCAGCUUUGACAACCAGACGGGGACAUGGGUUGCGGCCGAGCAGCUGGCCUUCCCUCAGAAGCAGAGCUGGGAGACGGGCAAGACGUGGACUCAGUACGUCCGGUGGUACCUGAAACAAGAGUGUCUGGACACCCUGCAGAGCCUGGUGCAGCAGGGGAGUGGGGUCCUGUGGCAGCAGGUGCCCCCCAAGGUCUCAGUUUCCUGCAGAGAUGCCCCCGACGGCUCCAUCACUCUCUCCUGCCACACCAGGGGUUCUUACCCACGUCCCAUCCACAUCUCCUGGAUGCGGGAUGGAAAAGACAUCCUGGUGGAGAAAGAUUCCAGCGGGAUCCUGCCCAACGCUGACGGCACCUACUACAUGCAGUCAUCUCUUGAGAUCUCCCUGCAGGAGGAGGACAGGCACCGCUAUGCCUGUCGGGUAGAGCACAGCAGCCUGGCAGAGCCUGUGCUUGUCUGGGCCCCUGGGAAGAAGGACCCCCUGCCCUUCUGGGUCCUGGCCUCCAUCGCCCUGGCUGCGCUGGUUCUGGCUGGAGCCGUAGGAGCCAUUGUUACCCUGUGGAGGAGAAAAUCAGCAGGCCCAUGGAAUCGCAGCUACGCUCUGGCAGCCAGUGAGUAAAUCCGGGGUAUGGGGCCCAGAUGCCCCAGUGCAUCAUGCAUCCGAUGAGUUUUUUCAGAGAAGAGGAAAGAUCCCUCGAAGCGGAGGUCCUGUAUGGUCUGCUGGACCUCGUGGGGCAGUCCAGAGACCUGCAGCCAGGAGCCUCGCCUCAUCAUCACCUCCACGGCCAGAGUACACGAGGCUGCAUCCGUCGCGUCUAAAGCCGCUUGCAGAGAAACCCGGGAGACCAACUUCCCCUCCUCCACCUGUGCAGAGAACUCCACCUGAGAGUCUUGAGGCAGGAGCUCUGCAAACUUAGCCGUUGCCGAGCAGGUGUUAUGUCCGUAGCGGCUUACAAUGGCCUGCUGGUUGGCUAUGCAGAGUUGCAGGCCCUCGGUCAAAUAGACCUUCCUGCCAAAUAGGUCCGUUUUUUGGUGUCCCUCUUUUUAGGGAUGGAGCCUUGGAACCCCUGGUGCUCUCUCCGAUUGGCUGCAUCGACCACCAAAGAGUCUGGGGUGGGUAGGUAUAAAGGUGUUCGUACCCCUUAGACGAUAUGAAAAAUAGUGCCGUUCGGUUUUCUUGGCUAUAGGGGCCAGAGAAGCGGGGGUCUGCCACAAUUUUUUGGAUGUGUCCACUACCGUCUUUUAUCAGUGGCAGAGCAACCCUCGAUGGGCCGGAGGGAGUGAGGAUGUCCACAACAGGAUCGGACUCCUCCACCUCCUUGGCCUGUAUCCCCAGGCCUUGAGCAGCCCAUCUCAAUAGCUACUGGAGAACAUAAUUGUCCUCAAGCGCCCGGGCCGUCGCUGUCCCCGCGACUGCUUCAUCAGGCGAGGAUGAGGAUGAGAGGACCGGCAGCGGACCCUGCUUACCACCUUCAGCUCCCUUGGGGUCCCUUGGCACACUGUACUUGAGCUGCAGUGCCGGUGCUGAUGGGGGAUUCAGCCCCGCGGCCGAUACCGGGCCUGAUAAGUCCGGCGGUGCUGAGCCCGACGGUGCCGACGGGGUCGAAGCUGGAGCCCUCGGCGGUGCCGUUGCCUGGAGAGACUGUGCUAGAGCUGGUCCCGCCAGCGGUGCCACUCCCUCAGACGACAGUGCUGCUGUCAGCAGUGCCGACGUUGUCUGUGGCAUGAAGGAUGCCGAAGACACUGAUGCAGACCUGGAUCAUGGACAAUGGACUUGACCCUGGCUCUAGUGGUAAGCCCAGGGUGUCCAAAAGAGCCAUUGAGCCGAUGGCUGCCACUGCUGCAGCCACUGUGCUGGGUAUGGCCGGUGACCUGGACCUCCUGCUCCACAAUCUGCUGAAGCAAUAAGAGUCCGUCUCCAACUCCAAGGUCUCCGAAUAGGAGGACCAUGGAGGAGCAGUACCCUGGGUUGCCAGCGAGCGGUGCUGCGAAGCUGGGGAACAGUGCAGCCCCUCUGUCUGCGCAGGCGGUGCCAGGGGUGGAGAGUGGUGGGCCAUCAUGGCUGGCUUGCCCUUGGAGUGGAACGAGGGGCGCGUGGUCACCGGCGACUUGUCCCUGCUCUGAGAGAGGAUGGCACCGGGAGGCGCAUCAGGUCUGUGGCCGCCUCGAAUGCCUGCAGUGUCGACGGGAGGUGCACGUCCCUUGGCAGUCCGGGGAUCAAGGAAGGUUCGGACUCAACUGGACCCUGGCUGGGGCAGGAGUCGACGAGACCCUGGGCAGCUGCUGGGAGGAGGUGGUCUGUCCUGAUACAUUCGUGGAUGCUGCAGACUCCUUAGGUUUCAGAUGAGGGGACCGACCCCUCUCCAGCCUCCUCUUCUUUACCUGCAUUGGAGAUUGAGAGUGGUGCCGUGCUGAGGUCGAUUUCUUAUGGCCCGAGCCGUGGCGGUGCUGGGGGGCCUUAGAGUCGUUAGUUGGUGCUGGUUGGCGCGCCGUUGGCGCCGGAGCACUGUGCACCAAUGAGGAUGUGCUCGGUGCUGGUUCGGUGGGUCCCAGGUCAGAGUGUGGCCUCAAUGCUGCCUCCAUCAACAGAAGUUUUAGUCUCUGUUCCUGGUCUUUGAGGGUUCUGGGACGGAAACCCUUGCAGAUACGGCACUUCUCUUUCUGGUGACUCUCACCAAGGCACCGCAGGCAGGAAGAGUAAGGAUCACUCUUGGGCAUAAACUUGCCACAGUCCACACACAGCUUAAACCCUGGAGACCUGGGCAUACCCCAGGAGGCGAAACGUUGUCAGAGGGGGAUCCCCCCCCAAACCAACUAACUAUUAUUAUAAAGAACUAUUAACUAACUGAGAAACUAUAUACACGGUAUGCUAUCAGACACUGCUAAAACACUUGCUACAGGAGCGAGCGAAGUUCCAGGUAGCCGUCACCAGCGGAUUAGAAGGAACUGAGGGGGUGGAGGGUCAGCAAGGCCUUAUAUUGGGUGCCAUGAAGGCGCCACUCAGGGGGUGCCCAGGCUGACCCUACGGACGCUGCUAAGGGAAAAUCUUCUGGCUGGCGUGCACGCGGCAUGCACACACCUGGUUGGAAUGGACAUGAACAAUCACGUGAAGAAGAACCUACGUUCCACUCCCUGCUCUGCCACAGCCUCCCUGCAUGACCUUGGGCAAGUCACUUAAGGCCUGAUUUUUAAAGAUGCCUCCUGGGAUUUUCAAAAGCACCUAACCAAGCUAGGCUCCCAACUGCCACUGAUUGCAAUGGGAGGUGCCUAAUUCGCUUAGCUGCUUUGUAAAAUUCCACCAAGUGCCUAGCUACAUGUCAGGUGUCUAAAUACCCUGCAAAAUCUGACCCCAGGGGUCAAAUCCCCUUCCAGCAUCAUAAAGCGUAAGGGGGAAUGGGAAGGAGCUACGUACCUACUCCAGGUGCUUUUGAUGUCCUAGAAGAGAGAAAGAGGGGAAAAAACAAAAGCUCAGUCCCACAUGCCACAAGCUGAUGAUUGUUCCUGCUCUGGAGAGGACUCAUUUUGCCAUGCCUAGUUGAGCUCUAGAUGCAGUUCUCUGUAGUUAGCACCUUUAAAAUUCCAUUCACAAACUUAGAUGGAAUGGGGCCCCAAAGCUUGCACCAUGAUUGUGGGUUUUCUUCUUCUAAGUUCUAUUUUGCCUGUGCCAAUGGCACUUGCUCAAACCGACUGAUUAGACACAUGAAUCCCUGACUACCCCAUGUAACUGCUGCGUCCAGAGCAUUUGCCUUUCUCAGUCUAAAAGCUCCAUGUAUGCAAUUCUGCUCAGCAAUUCUGGAAGCUGGAUUCAUUCCCAUUUCUUAAUAGGCCCUGCAAAGAACUUCACUUUCCUAAGCUCCCCCUUUCUAGAAACUGGAGUUGUGCCUUUUAUUGCUUCCAUAUCAUUAGGGCCCUUCGUUUUCCGUUUUUAUUUUAGCUAAACACCGAUAAUUUUCCAAGAAAACUUACCACAACAACAAAAACAGUUGAAAAUCUGCGCAAAAAACUUAAUUUUUCUAGGUAAAUAUUGGGGUUUAUUUUGGUGGAUGGAAACACGGGGGGGGGCAGGGGAAGUAUUCAGUAGAUUAACGCUUUGAAUUCCGUUCAUCAGUGUGGUUUGCUGCAGAACUAAAACAGAACUCAAAACACAACACCCCUCUGAGUUUAAGAAAACAAUACAUCUCUAAUCCCCAAAUAAAACUUUUCAUU